AUGGCGGCGGUGCUAAACGCAGAGCGACUCGAGGUCUCCGUCGACGGCCUCACGCUAAGCCCGGACCCGGAGGAGCGACCCGGCGCUGAGGGCGCCCCGCUGCUGCCGCCGCCGCUGCCGCCGCCCUCGCCUCCAGGGUCCGGCAGGGGCCCGGGCGCCGCAGGGGAGCAGCCGGAGCCUGGGGAGGCGGUGGCUGGGGGCGCGGCGGAGGAGGCGCGGCGGCUGGAGCAGCGCUGGGGCUUCGGCCUGGAGGAGCUAUACGGCCUGGCCCUGCGCUUCUUCAAAGAAAAAGAUGGGAAAGCAUUUCAUCCAACUUACGAAGAAAAACUGAAACUUGUGGCACUGCAUAAGCAGGUUCUUAUGGGCCCAUAUAAUCCAGACACUUGUCCUGAGGUUGGAUUCUUUGAUGUGUUGGGAAAUGACAGGAGGAGAGAAUGGGCAGCCCUGGGAAACAUGUCUAAAGAAGAUGCCAUGGUAGAGUUCGUCCAGCUCCUGAAUAGGUGUUGCCAUCUCUUUUCAACAUACGUUGCAUCCCACAAAAUAGAGAAGGAAGAGCAAGAAAAAAAAAGGAAGGAGGAGGAGGAGCGAAGGCGGCGUGAAGAGGAAGAACGAGAGCGUCUGCAAAAGGAGGAAGAGAAACGUAGGAGAGAAGAAGAAGAAAGGCUUAGACGGGAGGAAGAGGAGAGGAGGAGGAUAGAAGAAGAGAGACUUCGGCUGGAGCAGCAGAAGCAGCAGAUAAUGGCAGCUUUAAACUCCCAGACUGCCGUGCAGUUCCAGCAGUACGCAGCCCAACAGUAUCCAGGGAACUACGAGCAGCAGCAGAUUCUCAUCCGCCAGUUGCAGGAGCAACACUAUCAGCAGUAUAUGCAGCAGUUGUAUCAAGUCCAGCUUGCACAGCAACAGGCAGCAUUACAGAAACAACAGGAAGUAGCAGUAGCUGGGGCUUCCUCUCCUACAUCUUCAAAAGUGAAUACAACUACGCCAAGUGAUAUGCUGUCAGUUAAUGGACAGGCCAAAGCCCACCCUGACAACACUGAAAAAGAGAUUGAACCAGAAGCCGCCGAAGAAGCCCUGGAGAAUGGACCAAAAGAAUCUCUUCCAGUAAUCGCAGCUCCAUCCAUGUGGACACGACCCCAGAUCAAAGACUUUAAAGAGAAGAUCCGGCAGGAUGCGGAUUCCGUGAUUACAGUGGGCCGAGGAGAAGUGGUCACUGUUCGAGUACCCACCCAUGAAGAAGGGUCAUACCUCUUUUGGGAAUUUGCGACAGACAAUUAUGACAUUGGGUUUGGGGUAUAUUUUGAAUGGACAGACUCUCCAAACACUGCUGUCAGCGUGCAUGUCAGUGAGUCCAGCGAUGACGACGAGGAGGAGGAAGAGAACAUCAGUUCUGAAGAGAAGGCCAAAAAGAAUGCCAACAAGCCCCUGCUGGAUGAGAUUGUGCCUGUGUACCGGCGGGACUGUCACGAGGAGGUGUAUGCCGGCAGCCACCAAUAUCCAGGGAGAGGAGUCUACCUCCUCAAGUUUGACAACUCCUACUCUUUGUGGAGGUCAAAAUCAGUCUACUACAGAGUCUAUUAUACUAGAUAA